AUGCAUGUGGACUGCCGCCGUAUCUUAGCAAAUGACAUAAGUUACCUGAAAACAAUCGCUAAAAAGAGACCAACGCUUUGUGAAAGAAAACAUUCAAGGGACAUGAGCUGCGAAACAAUCAGAAGCAGAGUGCUUCCACCAGUUCAGGAAGAGCGUUUGGAAUUUGGAAUCGCUCACGUGCGAAUCGUCUAUGAGAACUAUGUAUUCAUUGAAGAAGAGCUAAGAUCGAGUUAUCACAGUCAAAAUCAUUUCUGUUACUUUCUCGACAAAAAGGCUGAUACCUUAUUUAAAACACGAAUGCAUUUAUUGGAUGAGUGUUUCCCCAACGUUUACAUACCACACAAGCAACUAAGCAUAGAUGCAUGGGGACAUUUCAUGUUUUUUGCUUAUCACGAAUGUUUGAAAGUUUUGACAGAAGUGGAUGGCUGGAAGUAUGCUCUGCUGUUACAAAACUAUGACCUUGUUAUCAAGUCCGUUAAAGAAUUUAUAGCUAUUUACAACAUAUUAGGCGGUGCUAACGAUAUCCCACUCCAUAAGUGUGAAACAAGAUGUCAGAAUUUGGACAAACAAAAAUGGGAUGCAAAAACUCUUCGCUUUUAUAACGAAUCGGCGACAGAACAAUCGCGCUCGAAUGGCGUUCUAAAAUUUGCUAAAGGAACUGCACAGGUUUCUUUAUCCCGAGCAGCUGUAGAAUGGAUGAUCUCCACGGUGAACCUUAGCACCAUCAUGCAUCUCUUCAACAACAAGAAGGUAUAUGGCAUCGACGAAAUUCUAUACUCCUCGCUGCAAGUGAGCGAUGGUCUUGGUAUGCCAGGUCAUUUCACCUCUGCGUGUCUUGAAAAAGGAUUUUGGUCGCCGGCUGUUACGAGGCUCUCGUAUCAUGACAGUCGACUCUGCAGGUGUCCCUCCGGAAAGAGUAGAAAUAGUAUAUGCAUUUUUGGAAUAGAAGAUCUCGGAAUCUUAGCAUCGAGUCCCAGACUUAUCGCUAACAAAAUUCUCCCCGACUAUGAUUAUGCUGUCGUAGACUGCGUUCAUGAGCUUCUAUUCAACAGAACAUUUAGGAACCUCGUCAAUCCACACUUUGAGUUGCAGUAUUACAAGGAACUGCCACAUGUGCAAUACCAUAGAAAUCAUUCAAUCAACUCGAGCAACGAAAUAGACUGUUCCACGAAUUUUCGCACCAUUCUAAAAAAUAAGGAUAUCAACAGGAGAAGGGCAUGCAGAUUUGGCUUUUUUUCUAUGUUUUAA